AUGCUCCGUGGCCUGAGACUAGCACACCCGUUCUGGAAAGUCGCCCGCUCCAUGUCUGUCGUCCGUUCGUCCGAAAACACCGGCCCGAUCGAGGAACUGAUCAUCGCCAAAAUCUCAGCGUCUUUGGCGCCAAAACGGCUCGUGGUCACCAACGACAGCCACAAACACCGCCACCACCGGUCCAUGCAAGACGCCGAAAACGUGCAGGAGCUGCAUUUCCGCUUGGAGGUCGUCAGCGACUCGUUUGUGGGCAAAAACAUGCCUGCCAGACAUAGGCUCAUCUAUAAGCUCUUGGACGACGAGUUCCAGAACCAGGGGUUGCACGCGUUGCAGAUGGUGACGAGGACGGUGGCGGAGGCCGAAAAAACGAAGUAG